UAUUUUAAUAAAACAGUUGCUAAUAGCCAACCAUAAAGACCGGACGUGGUCUCGCCGAGAAUAUGAAGUUCCUUCUGUUUCCCUUCCUGGGUCUGCUCAGUGUAGUAGGCUGCACUGGUGUAGCAGCCCAAAAUUAUAUCUGUUACUACGACUCGGGGUCGUAUUAUCGCAGCGGUUUGACCCAAAUGUGGAAAGAUCAUCUGGAACCGGCCCUAAAUGUCUGUACACAUUUGGUCUACGGAUACGCUGGCAUCCAAAAAGGAUCUUUCGAAUUGUUACGCCUGAGGGGACGCUUUGAUAAGUUUCGUUACUCAGAAAUCACAGGCAUAAGCAAAAAGUUUUCCCAUCUCAAGGUCCUUCUGAGUGUUGGAGGAGGUCGAGAUGUCGACGAGGCCCAUCCGAAUAAGUAUCUUGAGUUUCUGGAAGCUAAUACUACUGCCCAGAAAAAUUUCAUAGACAGCAGUAUAAAUGAACUGAAACGCAAAAGGUUCGAUGGUCUCGAUUUGGCCUUCCAGUUUCCGAAAAAUGAGCCAAAAAAAGUAAAUGGACCCACUGGCGACUUUGUUGUGGAUCCUCUUGCGGAGCAGCACAAGAGACAGUUCACGGCUCUGGUGGAAAAUCUUGGGAACGCCUUACGAUCAGCCAAUCUGACGUUGUCUCUGACUGUUUUGCCCAAUGUUAACUCCACAUGGUACUACGAUGUCAGCAAACUUCAUCCCCAAGUCGACUUCAUCAAUCUGGCAGCCUUUGACUUCAUUACUCCUCUAAGAAAUCCCGAGGAAGCCGACUAUACAGCUCCGAUUUUCUUUAAAGACGAACAUAAUCGCUUGCCCUAUUUGAAUGUAGAUUUCCAGGUAAAUUACUGGCUUCAAAAUGGCUGUCCUCCCAACAAACUAAAUCUGGGAAUGGCCACUUAUGGGCAAGGAUGGAAAAUGACCUCAGAUUCGGGGCAAACUAGCAUACCAGUGGUUUCUAGAACGAAUGGACCUGCUCCUGGAGGUCUUCUGGAAGACAGUCUGGAGUGGGCCAGAUGGCCGGAGUUGCCCGGUUUGUUUACUUGGCCGGAUAUUUGUGAAAAAUUGGCCAAGAAUUCAUCGGCCCCACUUAGGCAAGUGACGGAUCUCACCAAGAAAUACGGAAACUAUGCCAUCCGGCCCGCUAAUGAGGGAGGCGAGAACGGCAUGUGGCUGAGCUUCGAUGGUCCGGAUUUUGCUGGAGUUAAGGCGACAUAUGCCAAGGGUAGAAACCUUGGCGGGAUGGCGAUUUUCGAUCUGUCGUACGAUGAUUAUCGGGGCCUCUGUACGGGCCAGAAAUUUCCAACCCUACAAGCUAUUAAAGAUGUUAUGGGUUAAAUGAAGACAAUCAUAUUUUGAAAAGGAAAUAUUCUUUUU